CCCCGGGACACUGUUCCUCUUGCAGGUGAGCCCUCCCGGUGGUCCUCGUCCCACUGCGACUGCUGCUGCAAGAACGGCAAGGGCGACAAGGAGGGAGAGAGCGGCACGUCGUGCAACGAGCUGUCGACGUCGAGCUGCGACAGCCAGUCGGAGGCCAGCUCCCCCCAGGAGACCGUCAUCUGCGGCCCCGUCACCCGCCAGCCCAACAUACAGACUCUGGACCGGCCGGCCAAGAAGGGGCCGGUGCAGCUGCUGCAGCAGUCCGAGAUCCGGAGGAAGAGCGACCUGCUCCGGACUCUCACCUCCGGCUCCCGCGAGUCCAACUCCAGCAAGAAAAAAGCGGUGAAGGAGAAGCUGUCCAUCGAGGAGGAGCUAGAAAAAUGUAUCCAGGAUUUCCUCAAAAUCAAAAUCCCAGACAGGUUUCCGGAAAGGAAACAUCCCUGGCAAUCCGAACUGCUGCGGAAGUACCACCUAUAGGCUCAGGGUGGGGAAAGCACACGACCUUAUUACCAUUAGGGCAAGAUUCUAAGUGAUACGAAAAUAAUUCCCGAUAUAAUUAUUUGUUAGGUCACCAAAAAAAAAAAAAAAUAUCCAUCUCUAUAGUACUGCCUAAUUUGCCUAUUUCACCUUAACAUUUAUAGUCAUAGGGUAACGAUAUUUUUCCAGUCGUGGAAGCACAAUGACAAACGCUUUUGUUUGUAAACUCUGAGUCUUACACAAGCUGAAUACCUUAAGGGCACGACCAUAGCGACAACAAGAGAUGCUCACGUGCGGAUGCUGCCGGCGCCGGUGGGAACACGGCCCGUGAGCAGGCAGUGUCCGGGGUGUCUGUGGACUGCAUGCCUUCUGCGUUCUCCGUGUAGUGCGUUUGUUGGGAGGGACGUACACAGCUCAAAGACACAAGCUAUGCCAUGACAGUUUACCUUAAGCAUGUGUAUGUAUAUAUAUGUGCAUAUAUAUAUGUGUGUAUAUAUAUCUCUGUGUAUAUAUAUAUGUAUAUAUAUAUCAAUAUAUAUUGCUUAAAGAUUUUCUGGCUCUCUCCUUAUAACUGCACUUUCUCAGAAAAGAGCAUUUUUUAGCAGUCUGUGGAUGUUCCGUUUCUUCUUCAGGUCUUUGAGGGUUGAACAGUAGAAAACCCAUCUGGCUGUCUCUCCCCCACGCUCGCUCUCUUCCCCCCUCUCCGAGACACUGUAAAUGUGUUUCAGUGGAGACCAGGGCACAGCGUGUGGGUCUUUGUUGCUGUCAGCAAAAUAUUCCGUGUGGUUUUGGUGAUCUCGUUCCCUCUGUGUCCUCCCUGCGCCUCUUGUCGUGUUUGUCAAGGCUCUGCGGUGCCAGCGGGUUAAACGCGUGAUGAUCCCGGUCGGAAAGCCGUAGGAAUUCUUCCAGGGUCGCGUGCGGUGCAGGCGGAGCGGCCGUGCUGGCGAGGGCGGCUGAUUUCGGCAGGCGUGCCGGGCGCGCGUGGCCCCAGCUGGCAGGGCAAGCGGCACCGGGUCCUGCCCGGCACGGGAGCAAGCACAAGCGAUGAUCCACCUCCAGCCGCGGGCAGCGUUUGCCUGGCGGGGGACGGAGCGCGGGAGGACGGGAGCGGCGCCGCUCCAGCGGGAGCGUUUCCAGAGAAAGCGGCCGCCCCGCAAGGCCGUACCCCUGCUCCCCGCUGCAGACGCCCGUCUCGGUGUCGGUUCCGUCCGCAGCCGGUGGCACGACGUAAGCAGCAAACUGCACCCCGUGUCGCGUGUUCGCCACCGCACGCCGGCCGGGGAGCCCUGGGAAAGGCCGGUCCUGCGCUGACCAGAGCGGGGGUC